GUAGGAAAGUAGCAGUUUUUAAUUUAGGCAAAUUCGCUGCACCAGCCCAGGGGCCAUACUCAACACCUUUUCCACCGAAAAUGCUGAAAACUUUUAAGAUGAAUUUCCACCAAAAGAAGAAAACCAAUAUUAAUUGACUGCCUUUAUCUCCAUACAGCUUUAAAAUACAAUAAGUCUCUUUACCCAUUACUCAUAACCAAUUAAUCAAUUUUUCGAUUUUAAGUUAUUUUUCUUCCAUGGCUUCAACUAGUAAUCCUGAAAUAACUGCAGCUUCCCCUUCUUCACCAUCAUCGUCAUCAUCAUCAUCUCCAUCUCCGCCUAUCGCCUGGGAUGUAUUCUUGAGCUUUUACGGUGAUGACACACGCAAAACCUUUACUUCACAUCUUUAUUCUGCUUUGGAUCAAGCUGGAAUUUUAACCUUCAGAGAUGAUCCUGCUCUUGAAAAGGGCCAGGAAAUUUCACCUGGGCUUUGCAAUGCAAUUACAGAUUCCAAGAUGUUUGUGGUAGUUAUCUCUGAGAACUAUGCUCGUUCGCCAUGGUGCCUUAAUGAGCUCGUAGAGAUUCUUAGCUGCAAGAAAACAGAGAAUCAGGUUGUUCCAGUGUUUUAUUAUGUUGAUCCAUCAGAUGUGCGUCACCAGAAAGGGAGUUUCGGAGACGCUCUUGAUUAUCAUAAGAAGCGUUACUCUCCUGACAUAAUAGACAAGUGGAAAUCAGCUCUUUAUCAAACUGCAGAGCUAUCAGGAUACCAUCUCAAAAAACAUGCAAAUGAGAAUGAAUCGGAAACCAUUAAAAGCAUUGUAGAGAAUGUGGCACGACAAGUAUCUACAAAGGUAUUACGCCUUGGUGGAGAUCUAUAUGGGAUAGAUUCUGCUGUCGAAGAAAUAUAUCAGAAAUUAAGGACGGAAUCAAAAGAUGUACGGGCCAUUGGAAUAUGUGGGAUGGGCGGAAUUGGCAAAACAACAAUCGCCAAAGCUUUCUAUAACAAAUAUCAUAGCAUAUUUGAUUGUUGUUGCUUUGUCGAAAAUGUUAAACAAUAUUCUCAAGGAGGUGAUUUUCUAAUUCCUUUACUUGAGCAACUAUUGAUUGUGCUUCUUGGGAGAAAGAAUUACAAGGUCCUUGAUGCUGAUAGUGGAAUUAGACAGUUGAAACAAAUUCUCCAUUUCAAAAAAGCACUAAUUAUUCUGGAUGAUUUGAACCAAUCAAUUUGUUCGGAAUUUCUUGGAAGGCAUUGCAACUUAUUUUCAGCUGGAAGUAGAAUUAUUGUGACGACAAGAGAUGUUAGCAUUCUAGAUCAAUUAAAAAUAUAUAUUUCAGACGUAGAUAUAUACAUGGUGAAUAAAUUAGGACAAACUCAUUCACUGGAGCUCUUUAGUUAUCAUGCCUUUGGAAAACCACAGCCACCUGCUAGUUUAAGAGAGCACUCCAUAAGCUUUGUAGCUUAUGCGGGAGGUCUUCCAUUAGCUCUUAAGGUGUUAGGUUCAUCUUUAUGUGGUAGAACUCAAGAUGAGUUAUUCUGGAAAGCCAAGCUUGAAAAAGUUCGAAAAAUUCCAGAGAAUGGGAUACUGGAAAUUCUUCAACUGAGCUAUAAUGAGUUAAAUGAUGAGUCUGUGAAGUCAAUUUUUCUUGAUAUUGCAUUCUUCUUCGUCGGGAAGUACAAGUAUGAGGCUGUUGACAUAUUCGAAUCUUGUGAGUACUAUCCAGAAGUUGGUAUACGAAUUCUAUUAGAAAGAUGUCUACUCACGAUUGAUAACCAGAGAUUAAGGAUGCAUGAUCUUAUACAAGAGAUGGGACGGGAUAUUGCCAAGAAAACACGCUUGUUCUUGAGAGCAAACGCGUGGGAAGAUUUGCAAAAUCAUGAGGGUUUAGAUAAUAUUGAAGGUCUUGUCUUAGAUUUAAGUCAAUCAACGAAGAAACAAAUCAACUCUCAAAUAUUUGAAAGGCUGCCCAGAUUGAGAUUACUCGAGAUCAUAAAUGCUCACGACAUCAAAGGACAUUUCAAAAAUUCUUUCCAUGAGUUAAGAUGCUUCUAUUGGAAUUGUUGUACGUGGACAAAAUUACCUUCUAGUUUUCGACCACAAAAAUUGAUCUCUCUUGUGUUGCCAUAUAGCAAUUUGAAGAUGCUUUGGGAUGAUGCCCAGCCUUUCAUGAGUUUGAAGAUUAUAGUUCUCAGUUACUCUGUGAACUUGAAAACCACUCCCAACUUCAAAAAUUCAAAAGUUGUUGAGCGGUUAUACUUUGCUGGUUGUGAAAGCUUGCAAAAAGUCCACCCAUCAAUUAGAGAGUUGGCUAAUUUAUAUGUUCUGGAUUUGAGGGAAUGCAUCCAUUUGAAAGACGAAAUGUCAAUAUAUAGUGUGAAACGAUUGUCGGAGCCUGUCAAACAAUGGCCUAAUAUGGGCUAUUUGCGUUUGGGUCAUUAUCACAAUCUAAGACGGUUGCCAGAGCAAUUGGGUGAUAUGAAAUGGCUAAAGGAGCUUGAUGCAAGUUACACUGCAAUUGAGGAACUGCCAGAUUCAAUUACUCAGCUUAAGGAGUUGGCUUGGAUGAAAUUGGAUGGUUGCAAGAAGCUUAGAAAGCUACCAGAGCAGAUUGGAAAUAUGGAAGGCUUAAGGACAUUUCUUGCAAAUAGUAGUGCAAUUGAACAACUUCCAGAUUCAUUUGUAGGCCUCGUUAAUUUGGAGAUUCUAAUAAUGAGCUCCUGCAAAAACCUUAGGAAUCUUCCAAAUAGCAUAUGGAAGCUCCAGUUGCUUCAAGUACUAAAUCUGGGGUGGUGUAAAAAGCUGGAGCGAUUGCCUGAGGAAUUGGGGAUGAUGCAAUGCUUAGAAAUUCUUAAUGUCUUCGGAACAGCAAUUCAAGAAGUACCAGAUUCUAUUGGACUACUUAGUAGGUUAAGGCUGUUGGAUUUGUCUUAUUGCCAUAAGCUAAAAUAUCUGCCGAGCAAUAUAUGGAAUCUUGCGUCACUUGAAACAUUACAUCUUUCCCAAGAGGACAUCAAAGCAAUUAAUUUGCCUGAUGCAGUGAAAGAUACAAAGUUGGUUUGCUUGACUUUGAAGUGUAAUAUAAGAUUAUGGUUGCCUACGAUACUAAGUUUUCCUUCAUUGGAACACUUAAUUCUCUGUGAUGAGAGUGAGAAUUUAUCAUCAACCAAUCCAUUUAGUUUCUCUGGGCUUUACAACCUACAAGUUCUCGAAUUCUAUGGCUCUGCAUUUUUUGGGUCAUCGUUUCUGGAACUUCCUUUUAAUAUAACACACUUAUGCCUAGGUGACCAUGCAACACUGGUACAUCUACCCGAUUUAUCAAGCUUGAAACAGUUGAAGAAGUUUUAUAUAAUCCGUUGCAUCAGCCUUGAAUCACUGCCUCCACUUCCUCAUCAUCUUCAAACACUUACAGUUUAUUAUUGCCCAAGCUUACAAGAAGUCUCAAACAUUUCAUUAUUGAAGGAAUUGAGUCAUUUGAAUUUUGGUAGGUGCAGCUAUCAGAAAUCAUUUAGUUCCAGAAAGAGUCCCCUUCAGGUAAUAAAUCAAUACCUCCGUUUAUAUGAAUCCAAGGUACCAAAGAUGGCAGAUUGGUUGAGCUACAAAAGCAGUGGGCAUACGAUCUCUUUUGAUAUCCCACCACAAUUGGGAGAUAACUUAUUAGGUCUUGCGCUCUCGGUGGAUUUAUCAUGCAAAGGGCGGGGUUCUAAUUUAAGCAUUAGAGCUGCUGUUACUAAUAAAACAAAUGGUACAACAAAGUACUGUGUGAUCCCUUUAUACAUUAAUUGUCGUCAAGUAUAUUCCCUGGUACAAUGCAUAAGUGCAGAUAAAAUCUCAAUAAGAAGUGGAGAUGAGAUUCGUAUUUCAUUUCAAAGAGAUGUGUAUAUAUUUAAUGCACCAGAAGUAGUUCUUUCUGUACCAAUGAAGGUGAAGAUGUGCGCUGUCCAUGUGAUACCAAAAACACUCUCCCCGGAUUUUUGCUCUGUUUUAAGCAACUUGAUUAAGUGAUGUUUUACAUCUUUACAAAGUGUUUAAUUUUAUUUCUCAUUCAGUUCAAUAUAUUUCACUUUGCAUUUCAAACAUUUCGGUUAA